GAUCUCCGGGAACAUUCAAGGCAAGAUUGGCACCAGCACAGGGCAGGAAGCCUGUGGCCUUUCUUCUAGUGACUGACCACCCCACCCCAACCCCCCAGGAACCAUGGAGUCCUUCAGCUCAAAGAGUCUGGCACUGCAAGCGGAAAAGAAGCUACUGAGCAAGAUGGCAGGCCGGUCUGUGGCUCAUCUCUUUAUUGAUGAGACAAGCAGCGAGGUACUGGAUGAGCUCUACCGUGUGUCCAAGGAAUACACACACAGCCGGCCCCAGGCACAGCGGGUUAUCAAGGACCUGAUCAAGGUGGCUGUCAAGGUGGCAGUGCUGCACCGCAGUGGCUGCUUUGGCCCCAGUGAGCUGGCGCUGGCUACCCGCUUUCGCCAGAAGCUGCGGCAGGGUGCAAUGACGGCUCUUAGCUUUGGCGAGGUGGACUUCACCUUCGAGGCUGCCGUGCUGGCCAGCCUGCUGACCGAGUGCCGAGAUAUGCUGCUGGAGCUGGUGGAGCACCACCUCACUCCCAAGUCGCAUGGCCGUAUACGCCAUGUGUUCGAUCACUUCUCUGACCCAGGCCUGCUCACGGCCCUCUAUGGGCCUGACUUCACUCAGCACCUUCGCAAGAUCUGUGAUGGUCUCAGGAAGAUGCUGGAUGAGGGGAAGCUCUGAGAGCCCUGAACCCAGCAUAUUUCACCUUGGGACAAUGGCUGGCUGAGAAAACAACAGACACUGGGCUUUCUAACCCUGCUCAUCUGCGCCAAUGCUUUUCAAUCCUCAGGCUUCAGUCCCUUUCAGUGCUUUUGGCUCUGAAACCACCCUGCCCCCAAACUGUUGGUGGGGAAGGAGCAAUGCUGAGGGGUGAGGCCUCUCUCUCACUCCAGACCCAGGACAGGAAACAAAGCUGCCUGAAAAAUACGAAGUGAAAUUUGGAUCUCUGUUUCUCCCAUGAGGGAAGUUUGAAACAGGGAAGCCCCUCUCCUAUGAACCAAGGGAAGGGGGCAUAGCCCAUCUAAGCUCUUGGAGGACACUAAAGAAGAGCGGAAAGAGACCCUUAGAAACAUUCUAGAUCGCCAUCUCUAGGCAGAGGCUGGACAGAUACCAGAGUGCAGGAAGAAAGGGCUAGGGCAGGGGAGAUUCUCAUAGGGGAAAUAAAACUACUAAAACAUUCACAGGGCUCAGUGUUUAAUCUCUCCAGCUUCUCAUACCUUAUGAUCAUCACAAGGGAAAGGAGGUAUAUAAACACCACUUAUCUCACCUCUCACCAUUUUCAUACAGGAGAUUGCGGCAUAUAUUCAGUAUCAACGUGGUUGUUUUACCUACUUCUUCUGUUUAAGAAACUAAAAAAAAAAAAAAAACACCAAAAAAAUGUACCACAGAUCAGUGCUACAAAUUACAAAUAAAUAU